AUGACGACUGCCCCCAAUGGACUGGUUCACGCCUCCGACAACAACACCUCCUCGGCCUCCCCCCGCCAAUUCGAUCGCCUGAAGCCCGCCGAUCAGACCGAGAACCCCUUCGUCGCACUCAUUCCCAACCAAGACAUCGCCAUUGUCCCACAAUUCACCCUCGAAUGCGGCGCAACGCUGUACAAUGUGCCCGUCGCCCACAAAACAUAUGGUACCCUCUCGCCCGAAGGAGACAAUGCCAUGGUCAUCUGCCAUGCCCUGACUGGAAGUGCUGAUGUGCAAGAUUGGUGGGGUCCUCUUCUGGGAGGCCCUGGUCCCAAUGGGGAAGAGAGCAGAGCCUUUGACAUGAGCCGCUUCUUCAUCGUCUGCUUCAACAGCCUGGGAAGUCCCUAUGGAAGCGCCUCUCCCGUGACUGCAAAGAGUGGUGACAAGUCGGAAGGGAGCUAUGGGCCCGAGUUCCCACUGACAACCAUCAGAGAUGAUGUGAAGUUGUUCAAGAUGUUGCUGGAUGAUCUGGGUGUCAAGAAGAUUGCUGCAGCCAUUGGGGGCAGUAUGGGUGGCAUGCUGGUGCUGGAGUUUGCAUACUUUGGAAAGGACUAUGUGAGGACCAUCAUACCCAUCGCGACGUCGGCGCGGUACAGUGCGUGGGGAAUCAGCUGGGGUGAAGCGCAGAGACAGAGCAUCUACUCCGAUCCCAAGUAUGAUGAUGGCUACUAUCCCUACGAAGAUCCUCCUGCCAGUGGACUGGGAGCUGCAAGAAUGAGCGCCUUGCUCACAUAUCGCUCGAGAGACAGCUUCGAGAGCAGAUUUGGCAGAAAACAUCCCGACCCCAAGCAAGCCCGAGGCGGUAUCAACGCCAUGCAAAGACCCGGCACACCUCAGUCGGAAGACCACGGUGGAGAGCACUUUUACGCCCACAACGAUGGACAUCGAAACGCUGGCAGCCCACGACAGCAGCAUGGCAAUGGGACUAGUCGACGACACUCCCGAGCCACGAAUCCAGACGCCGACCUCUCUUCCUCCACCGACUCUCUCCGUCCUCAACAAGAAGCAACGAUGACAGUCCAGGACCCGCAGUUCUCAGGCGACAAAGAGCUUCCCGUAGAAACGACAGGCAGCACAAGAAGGAAGAACAAGGUACCAACAUACUACUCGGCCCAAUCCUACCUCCGCUAUCAAGGCGAGAAAUUCAUCAAACGCUUCGAUGCCAACUGCUACAUUGCCAUUACGCGGAAGCUCGACACUCACGACGUCGCCCGCGGAAGGACGGACACUACGGGCUCCCCCACUCCCGAAGAAGUCCGCUCUGCUCUCGCUAUGAUUGAACAACCCACAUUGGUCCUCGGAAUCCAAAGCGAUGGGCUUUUCACAUAUCAAGAACAGGAAGAAUUGGCUGCUGCGAUUCCCAAUGCCGAACUGAAGACGAUUGAUAGUCCAGACGGACAUGAUGCGUUCCUGCUAGAGUUCAAGCAGGUCAAUGGGUUCUUGAAGGCGUUUUUGAAGCGCGAGUUGCCGGACAUUAUGGCCCGGGAACCUGUGAACUGGCCGCUUCAGGUAGAAGAGAAAGAAGAAAAGGAAGAGGCGAAGGAUAGUAUGUUUGGGGAGGCCGAGGCAGAGGAUAUCACGGCGUGGUAGAUGAGGAAGAUGAAAGUGAAGCGGACUUCCCUUCCCACUCCUACGAUGACUAUCCCUUGCUCGUGACAAAGGGAUCGACAGAUGGUGCAGCAGUCCGCACAGACUCCUGUUCGCGUGGUGUGCAGUCACUGCCGUCACACGCGCAUACAUGCAGAGUGAUGCGGAUCUCGGCGUGGGAGGGUAUCCGCAUUCAUUGUAUGUCGUCUUUUUUCUUCCAUUCUAGCCCACUUCAGCUGUACAUGCCGAGCCGACAUUAGUUGCUUUGCGACGAAUCUCUCUCCAUUGGCACUAAAGAGGGGCAUGUGGUUGUUACAAGUCGGUUUGGCCCGGGGGGCCGGAAUGCUAAUCAGAAUGAUAAGCUGGAAGCAUACGCGCGAUCCUGGAUCCUGGUCUACGGUUCGACGUCCGCCUUGUUAGUGUUGAUGGACAACCACACUAAAAGUAUGACAGUGAAACUAGUCGCGCACUAGGAGAAAAUCUCGUCGGGGCUUGCAAGCAGAUGAGCGGUAAAGUACAACGGAACGCUGCCCAACCCUCAUGAGCGAGUGAAUGAUUAAGGGCUCAGCAGAUGAUGAGCUAUACCGUAUACCUCUAGGAGUAAUAACAGUAGGCAACGGUAGUCACUCUUCUACGCGGGACCGGCUCCGUGGCUCCGGUUGUAUUCACCUCUUCCAGUCAGUCUCACACGACGGCUCCUAUUCCACGCGACCUGUUCUGCUGUGCCGCUCGGCUAUGGGGGAGCUUCUCCUUGUCCUGGCCCCAUCACACGCAUCGACAUGAUACAUCGUCCGCAUUAUCAACAACCUACACCUACACAGCCAUCUGCCCCCGCCUCCCAACACACAAACUAAACCCGAUGCGAAGCUGCCAGGUUCAUACCAUCACUAGUGCUAUUUGGCAUUGCGCACUUUAAUAUCAAAGGGUCCUUUAUCAUAC